AGCUUAUCUUUCUAAAGUUCAAGCAUUUGUGUUGACAUGUCGAACUUUUGGAUCAGCCACGGUGCGUGGAUUGGUGGAUGCAUUGGUUUUUGUGAGGGUCGCCCCGCUCAGUCCUGUGAAGAAUGGUUCGGGAAUGAUCCAUUCCCAGCCACUUCUUUAGCGAACAAACAAACGGACGUCGAGAAUUUUCAGGAGCGUCGAGAGAAGAAGCAACAUAAAACAAGAGACCUUGACAGAUGGGAAUGGAUCGGAUCGACGCCUCGACUGCUCCAGCAUGAAUAGGACUUCCUCGUGUUUCCAUUUGAACAUCCUUACAACCUCAGAGCUACAAUAGUAAUACUACUAGUACUACAACAGCAACCACUGCCGCCUAAGCCAUGUCUGUGUUUGACCAAACUUUGCAAGGAUGGACGCCCGGGGAGGAGUCCACGGGAAUGGGAACCCAUCAACAUCAUCCGCCGCAGUAUCAGCAGCCGCAGUAUCAGCAGCAGCAGCAGCCGCAGUAUCAGCAGCCGCAGCAGCACUAUGCGCCGAAACAGGAGGACCAGCAGCAUCAGUAUCAUCAGCAUCAGUAUCAACAGCAACAGCAAUAUCAUCAGCAAGACAAUAGUACGAUGAAUCACAACAAUAAUUCAGGUGCGGGCGUGGAUGGCCUGGGCAUGUGGAGAGCGUGGGCGCACAGUUACAACGAACCCAAGUACGCUUGUCUGGAUUUGUUGGACAAUUGCUUUGAUGCUACUUUGACUUCUGGAUUCCACGGGAAGGUCACCAUGGACUAUUUGCUACCGAAUGGAUUGAUCAUCACCAACAACGCCGCCAAGCCCAUCAAGUCGCUGGAAGUGACGCUCAUGGCCUACCGCAGUGAAAAGACGGCAGUCGAUUCGAUUGGAGAAUACGGAGUGGGACUGAAACACUCGUGUGCCACACUCUCCAACAUUAACUUUGUCUUGACACGAAACAAACACGAGUUCGACUUUGGAGUGAUUGCCAGGGAUUUGCAGACCAAAGACAGUGUCUCCUUGCCGCAUUUUCCCUUUGGCAUUGAACCACACCUACUAGCCAACAACAACACACCACCAGAAGUAAUCGCACAGGAACUACGUCCGCAGAUUGAAAAAAUACUACACGACAAUCCUCAUGUCCAUGCACUCGUCACCAGUACUCUGGGACAAGGCUUUCCGGACGAUGCCGCGGAACAAAUCGUUCACUACGCCAUGGACAUGCUGACGAAAGACCAGUGGAAACAGGAAGACCACGUCUUUCAAUUGAUCAUUACCGACUUUCUACAUGCCAGCAACGCGCGGAGUGCCAACGGAAUGAUGUACCAACCCGCACGAAACUUUCUGAAUGAAGUACGCGAUCUCAUUCAAAAAUACUACAUCAAUAUUCCGCUUCAUGAUUUCGAUUUUUGGAUCAUGGGAGAACGCAUGCACUUUGUCUACUGGCAGAAUCGAUUGGUCGAAAUGGCAAAAUUCGAAGUCAACGUGCCAAAGGACACCAAAAUUAAGGACUUGACGGACGACAAUUGGAUGGAUCAGGGAUACAGUCUCAGCAUUUACUGUGGAUUUGAUGCCCUACGAUUUGGGAACAAGCAUGGUGAAGACAAGGGAUUGAAACUCUGCUUUUACAGUCGACAAUCGGGACGAUUGAUUGAGGAAAAUAAGGAUGCUCGUGCCGUUUUGGGACUCCCUGCGUCCGGGGUGGACUAUACGCAGGGAUUGACCGUCAUUAUUGAUGAUGUGGCGGGAGAGUUGCCCUUGAAACCUGCCAAGGAUGGACUUACAUGGUCCAAAGAACAUGCCGGUGCCAUUCACGAAAGCAACUUGUAUGCGUGGGCGGGAGCGGUGGCGCGAUUUUAUUGGGAUUAUCAUUCUCGAAAGUUUCAGGGAGAAGGUCCCGUCAAACACAAUGAUUACAAGUCCCGCUUGAAUAGGGCGGUCGUGUCGUUCAUGGAGCCCAUCCAGAAUCGAAUUCAACAACAAGCAAAAAUGCUCAAAGAGGGAACUCCGCUUCCCGAGGACGAGUGUUCGCGGAUCGAAACGGCAAAAUUCACAGAAUUAAGUGACCCCAACUGGUACAUCAAACAUGUCAAGAACUCGGAGCGGAUUGAAAUCCGAAAAAAGGCACACAAGGUGGAGUUGUGGCCACAACCUGCGACGGUCUUUCGAUUCAACGAAACGCAUUAUCCCCCCAAAAUUGACAACAACAGCAUUAUCCAAAACAACAACAAAGUUCGUGGACGGGGACUUCCCACCAGCCUCAAGCGGAAAUCGUCUACCGCGGGUGCUGGCGCCGAGGAAGAAGAGGCGCCCAGACCGCGUGGACGUCCUCCAAAGAAGACUUCGACUGUGAGUGCUGGGCGACGUCGGUCAUCGGCAGCGUCUCAGGCGUCGUCAGCCCGACGCACAUCCGUAACGCAACCGAAUUCGGACGACAGCAGUUCUGGCAGUGAGGAAGAAGAAGUCAGUACCGUCGUGGCUACGCCUCCUGCCAAGAAGAUGCGUAUGAUCGCCGUCAAGAAAACACCCCGCAAUUCUAUUGCACCGCAGAGACGAAUCGGGAUGAUUACACCACAGCAUGGCGACGACAGCAACGAUGGCGCGAGGGUGAAGGAGCUGGAAAAAGAACUCCAGAGCAGCCAGGAAACGGUGAAACGUCUCGAAGAACAGUUAAAGGGUGCUACCGAACGACUGCUUGAGGUGCACCGGGCAGACCCGUCGAGAACUCGGGCCUUCAAUGCAGAACGUCACCUUCAAACCACAAUGGAGGAGAACGAAAAACUCAAACACGACAACAAGGAAAUGACGUCGGAGAUUGAACGGCUUCAAACCGAGCUCCAACAACGUGACAGCAAGAUUCAAGAGCUGCAGCGGAGAAACUAUGAGCCUCACCUAGGGCACGGGACUGAUGAUAUCUAGAAAGUGACUCAUCUGGCGGACGAACAAUAGCUCGGAUCUCGACCGUCUUUGGAUGUUUUCAUGUGUCGACGGCAGCAAAGGGGAGGCGCCACGCUUUCUGUGUUUUUAUUAUGUUAUGGAACUGUUUGUUUGAUAGUGUUGACAUGUCACCUUCAUAAUAAUACGUACUGGUAUCAGUGAUCUGAAGACGAUGUGGGGCUAUGUUCUAUUAUUGCGGUACUGGCUACCAAUCUAGAUGUAUAACUAACUAAGAAACUGCUAUCAACC